UAGCUACUGUCGCUAAAUAUGAAGCAGCUGUCUGCAAUACAUCGACACAAUUCGUGAGCGCGCUUAUGAAUGCACACCACCAAUGCAGAGAGGAGCGCGCACUUCCAAUGGGUUUUCCCGAGCAUUCCCUCUUGGGUACUAUGAGCUGCAGUAGUCCAACCUAAUUCAAUCUGUAGCCUACUACUACUGGAUACACGUAACCUUGGCUGACGCUGGAAACGUUAUCAAUAUUUCAUUUAGAAAUAAUUGUAUUAUCUCUCCAUGGCUACAUCGGAUGAGGAUUGUGUGUUGCAGAGGGGUAGAUCUCAAAGUGACCCAAGCAUCAUCACGGAGGCUCGUAUCAGUGAGGCGCACAGAGCAGAUGUCAUGGAACAACAAAGGACCCUCCACUCUGGCUGUCUGGUUUCAGGGGUAAGAACCCCUCCUGUUCGACGCAACAGUAAAUUGGCCAGCCUGGGCCGAAUCUUCAAGCCUUGGAAGUGGAGAAAAAAGAAAAACGAGAAGCUUAAGCAGAGUUCCACAGCUAUAGAGAGGAAAGCAGCUGCUCGACAGAGUCGGGAUGAUGUCACCAGAAGGGGCCUGGGGGAGGCAGAGCCAGAGUCAGGUCUAGCCUGUGGGGGUAACAUAGAGGACCCAGACACACCAACACAUUCAGAUGGGGAGGAGAGAGAAGAGGAGCCCAUGGCACCCCUGGCCAACACGUCAGAGGACCAGGGAAGUGAUCUGGAUCGUUCGACAGUUCAAGAUUUGACUGAGGAUUCAGAGACAAUAGGAGAUCAAAGUCAGAAUGAGGAAGGGGAAGAGGAGGAGUUGUCUUUGACUGAACCCCCUGAUGACAACUCCAUGGGGCCAGGGGACCCCCCUGAGGGGCCCAAGGAAGUCACCAAACCCCCUCCCCAGAGACGCGCCAGCACCCCUCCUCCACCCAGUCUACCUGUCAAACUUCUCACCAGAUUAGGCAGUUUAGACGGGCCUCAUCCCAUGGCAGUGAAAAAAUCUCCCGCCACCCUGCCGAGGAACUUCACCCUUCCCAAAGAUCCACAGGGCUCCCUGCUGAGAGGCCGGAUCUUCACCCCAACAGGCUCCCCCCACCUGGGCUCCUUGCACCCACAGCUGUCCCCGAGCUGCAUCAUCGAGGAACUGCACCGUGCUCUGGCCUCCAAGCAUAGACAGGACAGUUUCCAAGGGAAGGAGAUACGCUCUUCCCCAAAGUUCCGCCCAGAUGGACGUCUGCCCCGUACGUCCAGCACAGAGAAGGAGCCCCCUGGAGAGUCCGAGAGCAAGAAGGAGUCAGAUGAGAACAAAGAGAAUCGCCGCCUGGACGAGUACUUCAGCGACCAGGAGAGCUGGAAUGAGUCUGUAAUAUCUGGGACAUUGCCACGUCGGAUGAGGAAAGAACUACUGGCUGUUAAGCUGCGUAACCGUCCCAGUAAGCAGGACCUGGAGGACAGGAACAUCUUCCCAGUGCGCAGUGACCAGGAGCGCCAGGAGAUCCGCCAGCAGAUAGAGAUGAAGCUAGCCAAGAGACUCAGCCAGAGGCCAGCUGUUGAAGAACUGGAAAGUCGGAACAUUCUGAAGCAGAGGAACGAUCAGAUAGAACAAGAAGAAAGGAGGGAAAUUAAACAGCGUCUUAACAGAAAGCUUAACCAGCGACCCACAGUUGAUGAACUGCGGGACAGAAAGAUCCUUAUUCGUUUCAGUGACUAUGUGGAGGUAGCAAAAGCUCAGGAUUAUGACAGGCGUGCUGACAAGCCCUGGACCAGACUGUCAGCUGCUGACAAGGCAGCAAUACGGAAGGAGCUAAACGAGUUCAAAAGUAAUGAGAUGGAGGUUCAUUCUUCGAGCAAGCACCUGACAAGGUUCCACCGGCCUUAGCAAGGUUUCUUCUGUGAAGAGUUGCUGAUAUCUGGUUCUGUCAGUGAAGGCCUUGCAAGGAGUCUUCCAGUGCCCUGGCCCAUGGUCCCUGAGUGUCCUGAUAUUUGGGCGCAGUGAACCUUGGAGGCUAUGUCUCUAGUUGGAGCUGCCAGCAGAGGAGGUGCAUGCAGCAAGCUCCACAUCUGCUCAGAGGAACAUUACAUUAUCUUCUUUUUACAUUUCAGUUGGAGCAGGGGCGACAAGGUCUAUUUGCCAUACAGAGACUUUCUUUUUUAAUCAGACUCUUUUGAAACAUGGCUUUUUUGUUGCCAGAAGAAAGAUGUGCAUGUGACCAGUUAAACCUUUCCCACUCCCGUAACGUCGGUAGUCACACCUCAAGAGUUGUGGGGUCUCACUGAAGUUAAAUGGAUUUCAUAUCAACCGUGUAAGUGUUGUUCUUAAGAGGAGACCAUGUCUGUACACAAGACAAAAUCCCUUUGUAAGCACUAUUUAUUGUCUGCACAAUACAGGUUUUGCAUUUUUAAGAAAUAUAGUUGUUUGUCCUUUUUAAAGCAUCUUUUUAAAGUGUUAAUGCAAUGGCAGAAUGUCAGGAAGAUUUAAAAUCAGCUCAGAAUUUAGG